AUGUCAGAAGAUGAAGCACCACAGGAGAAGCAGAGUGAUAGUGAAGGUGACGAUAAAGACAAAUUGCAGUUUCAAUACUCAACCCAUGAUCCAAAGGUGAAAUGGAACAAUAUGAAGCUAGUUCUUGGAGAGAGGUAUGAACCACCACACCAACUAAUGCUUUGUUUGACAAAUUACUCUAUAAGUAGGGGUUAUCCAAUUAGGUUCAAGAAAUGUGAUAGUGUAAGGCUCGUGGCUGUAUGUGCAAGUGACCCUGAGAAAUUUCAAUGUCCCUUUGUUGUAAGGACCUCAUGGAUGAGCACUGAAAGAUCAUUCCAAAUCAAAAAAAUGGUUGAGCAACAUACAUGUGUUAGGAAUUUCCGUAGUGCUAAUCUUAUGGAUCCCACAUGGAUAGAUAGGCAGUUUCUGAAGGAGAUGAUUAGGAAACCAAAUCUGAAAUGUAAGGAAAUGCAAGCUAUUAUUCAAAGCAGGUUAUUUAACUUGAAGCAAGAAGCACGCAAAUGGGUGAAUAAUGUGUGUCCAGGACCUAUUAAGAAAAUGGAUGAGUUUGCUUUUGAUAUCAAGAGUUGGUAUGUUCAUCCUAGUGGUUUGAAUGCUUUUGAAGUGAGAAAUGGCUUCCACUCAUAUGGAGUGAACUUAGAGGGGAUGUACUGUACAUGCAGACUUUGGGAGUUAUCUGGGAUCCCCUGUGUCCAUGCCCAAGCAACCAUAAUUUACACACAACAGGAUCUAGCUAGAUUCAUCAGCACAUGGUUUGGUAAGGACAAGUUCUUAGCUACUUAUGAGUCUAACAUCCUUCCUGUUAAUGGCAGUAAUAUGUGGGAACCAACACCUUACACCAAACCACUACCACCUAUUGAAAGAAGGAUGCCAGGAAGGCCUUGUAUGAAAAGGAAAAGACAUGGGCUGAUGUGGAUAAUUCUCACAACAAAAGAAUUUGGGGCUUUUGCCCUUAUUUUGCCCGAUCGAAUCCAAAAGAGAGAACCAGUCGGGAGCUUCGGGUGCACGGGACUGCAACAUGGAGACAACAUGAACGGGAGUGGAGGCGACCGAACACAGAAACCGAAAACAUCGGAAUCACCACCAUCGCCGCCCGGCUCCGACGUCCCUGUGAAGGAUCUACCUCCAUUGUCGGAAAUCUUGGCCCGAGGAAACGAGGCAGCAGCCGCAGACGAGGUUCAAGGAGACGGGGAAAGAUCGAGCAAAUCUCAUGUAGGGGCGCUGGCCGAUGGCGAUCGUCGGCGUCUUCUUUCUUUUGUGCGUGUGGUUGGAACGGACGGAAGCAAGCAGCGACUAGGUAAGCGGUCACCGAAAGGAAAAGGGCAGGGGUUGAAUCGGAGAGUUAUUAUCGGUGGUAGAAGAGGUGGAAGAGGUGGUGGAAGAGGUGGUAGAAGAGGGGGUAGAAGUGGUGGAAGAGGGUCUACCAGUGUUUAUGAAGAAGGUGAAAGUUCUGGGAAAAAAGAACCUGGGAUUGAGACUCAAUUUGUCACCCAAACAACACCUAAUGUUGAGAGUCAAUUUGUCACCCAAACAGCACCUACUGUUGACAUUGAACAUGUACCAGAAACACAGGAAGCAGAUGUUAACAUUGAUGAUGAAGGUGAUGGUCUUGAUAUGGCUGAUCUGGAUCAAAUACUGCAUGAUUUGAGUUACCUUAGAGAGUCAAAAUACAGUGAAGCAGAGAUCCUUUUGUGUCUUAAUAUCACCCAAUCACAACUUAAAGGAUUUGAUGCUUUGCUUCACCAAUCCAAACAAGCUGCAAAGGAUGUGCCUUUUGUGAGUGAACAUGUACCAGAAACACAGGAGGAUAAUGGUGAAAACAAGGAGGAGAGUGACUAUGAAGAUGGAAUUGAGGAAUCACAGGAGGACAAUGAUGAAGAUGGAGCUGAGGAUGAUGAAGAGGGAGUUGAUGAUACUCAAGUUAGGGUUAGAACUCAAGUCAGGGUUAGAACAAGAAAAACUUCUGAAAGGAUCACUGAAAACAUGUUGAAGAAAACUGUGAUUGACAAGAAAGGAAUAGGAAUGGCUCCAGAAAAACCUCUUACUUUGGAUUAG